UAUAAUUGGUAAGACACAUGGGAGUUUGUUAAAUAAGUUAAACAGCAGAUUAUUAAAGUCUUCAAUUAAUUUCUGCUCGCCAGAACCUACCACAGGUUACUAUUUAAUAAGAUAAUAGGAAAGUGAUUCAAGUAGAGAACCAUCCCCUUCAAAUAGUCAAGAAAAAAUGAAUAUUGAAUCAAUUAAAUAGAAAUAAUAACAGGAAAUAAAUUAAGGAAGUGGUACUAAUAGAAGUAUUAUACAAUAUUUAGGAGAACCUGAAAAUGAGAUGAGCAAUAACAUUAAUAAGGAGCGAAUGAAUAUUUAUGAAGCGACGUAAUAAAAAAUAAAUUUUAAUAUUCACUCACAUGACUAAUAUACUAAUUCUUCAAGAACAUAAUUAGGAUAAAUAUAUUUGAACAGUAAUCCUCUAAAUAUAAAUCCUGAGCCUGAAUUAAGACAUAAUUUUAUUGUAAGUAAUCCCAAGCUCACUUUAAACAAAUGAAAUAAUGAAAAU